GACCACAGGGAGAAAGUGCAUCAGUGGAAGAGAGGGAACACAGAGAGCCAGAGGAGGGGAAGAGGGGACAGGAAAACAAUUUGAGGAAGAGGGUGAAUUAAAGGAAGAGGAGCAGAAGGAAAAGAACGGAAAGAAAAUACAAGAACGGAGGGUUUUUUAUACGACAUAGGUAAAAAAACUUCAUAAUAGAAAUGGCAAAUACUGCAGGAGGAGUACUCUUGACUUUACUCAUGUUCCUGAGUGCUAGUGUGCGAUGUCUUGCAUAUAACAGCGGGGAGUGCUACUUCAACACCAAAGGGAGCUGUGAAUACAUGGGAGCGGUGUAUGGGAUCGGAGAGACCUGGGAAACCGGUGACUGUUACCAGUGUGUCUGCAUGGAGCCUUUCGGGGUCGGAUGCUGUGAUCAGGGGGCUAAACCUGUGGACUAUCCAGACUGGUGUGAGAUCAUCCGUAAACCUGACUCUUGCACUAGUGUUGCAGUGAUGAGAGCCAAUCAUAAACUACCAUGUCUCUGGGGACGUGGACGUCUCAGACCAGCUGCAGGUCGACCGUGGAAAUCAGACAAUGAUCCUUUAUUUUGAGUUGAGCAAUUGAUGCAGAAAAAGCAAUAAAGCAAUGCAUGAUAUUUAUUUUGAGUUCAAUAAAUAAACGACAUUAUUUUUCAUUGUAUUUUAUCUGCAAAGGAUUGCUUAAACAUCUAAAUAUCACUAGCAUUAUGUCAUAUCAUUCUUUAAGAAAACGUCUAUUUAAAUGUCUGAUUUAUUUAUGGUUUAUGUUUUAAGCUUCAAUAAAAACUAUAUACCUAA